AUGGCUGAACACCAUACUUCACAUACCUUGGACCCCCUGACAUCGGCGCCGCUACGCUCUCUCGCUCUAGAAACCAUCCAGGAAAUCGUAUUCGAGGUUUUCGAAACGGAUCGACCACAGGUUGUCUUGCCGCAGGGCAAGAUGAUCAAACCGGGAUACUACAGUCUCAUGUGGUCCUUUCCAUUGCUCAGGCGUGCUGCUCUUGCCUAUCCCUCGUUAUGGGCGAGACAUGCAACAGAUGUCCCGAUACCAGAAGUCAUCGAACUCGCAAUCGCUCGCGCCCAGGAGGCUCCCCUUCACAUAGACUUGGGUUCUGGCUCCCCGAACCAUAAAACAGUUGCUUGGUCUCCACCCGAAGGCAUGGAUAUCGUCGGCUGGCUGAUGUCGAGAUCGAAGCUUGUCGCCCGCGUGGCUUACUUAGCUCUCGACGCACACUAUUCCGCUUGCUUCAUGAGGAGAGGACCGAUGGGCUCAUUUCCCGCGCAGUUAUGUACGAAGGACUGGUCCAGCCUCAAGUACGUCUCACUCAAGAACAUGCGGCUCCCCGGUCCCUUCUCGAAUGCGCCGCUGAAUGUUUACCAACACGAGGCUUGCGAAGGAUCUCUCAGCAACUGUGAUAUAGGCAAGAUCGUGCGCGACGUCUUUACACCCUGUGCGAGCACCCUCAGGAAAAUCGUAGUGAAAACAGCGGUGGAAUAUCUCUCUCCAUUAUCAACACUCGAUCACUCUCUUUGUGAACCAGUCAUGUUAUCUCAUUUGACAUCCAUCACCUUCGGAACGUUUAGUAUGGAUCAUGCGCUAUGGCUAUUCGACGCCGUGAGAAUGGACUGCGAUACGCUCAAGCAUAUGCAAUUAACUAUUGUGCAUGUCUCACCCACGCCGGACGCAAUGAUCAGGCUGAUGGGCGCCCUACCCUGUAUACACGGUCGCUGCGAUACUUUCCGUGUGAAGGUUUCGAAGGAGUUCAAACCCUUCAACUUCAAUCUGCAGGUCGAGGCCUGGCGACGAGCUAAUGCCCAAUGCAACAAGCCACUGCCGGUGAAGACGGAUGUACCUCCUGACUUCGACAUCAACAUAAAAUGCGACCUGCCAUGGGACUCUCAACUUCCCGUAAGUGAGCAUUGGGAGUAUGCGUUUGCACACAUCCUCCGGAAGAUGGCCUGUGCGGAAGGUUCAAGAGUGUUGCUCAUCGAUGACUCAUUUUGGCCCCAAGUGCCUUAUGACACUGAUUGGGACGUGCUGUACAAGACAGGCGCACGUUUUGUCACCCCAUACACUCCCGCGCACUCUUACAUUCGGAGAGGUCUUGGUAGAGACGGCGAAGCUCUUGUAGAGGAUGAUGGCACCGCGGACGACGAUGAUACCGCGGAUGAUGAUGAUGGCACGGACGACAAUGACAAUGGCUGGGGAAACGAUGAUAACAAUCAAUGGCUGAUGGACAGGCAGUUCCAGACCGGGCCAUACGACGAGGAGGACAUGAAGGUGCUCCGGGACAUGUCGGUGUUAUAA